AUGUGGAUACCGUUAUUUUUUAUUUUAAAUAUCGCGUUGGUAUACGCAGGAAAAUUCGAAGAAAUCUAUGCUUGGAAAGAUGUAGAUUUUGUGUGGCCUUCUAAUGAAAUAAAAGAAGAAUAUAUUAAAAAUGGUACAUACAUCAAGGAAAAUAAUCUUAUCUUGGGAAUGGCUAGGUGGCAAGAUAAGUUAUUCCUCACAAUUCCCAGAUGGAAAAGUGGGGUAGCCUCCACAUUGGCCUAUAUACCACUUAAUGAAACCAUUGGGAAAACCAAAACUCCAGAGUUGAUACCAUAUCCAAAUCUGAAGUAUAACACUCUACCUGAAAUUCCUAAAGAUUAUAAAUGCUGUGAUAAAAAGUUAUACGAAGAUGAAAAUUUACUUUCUGUAUUCAGAAUUAGGGUUGACGAAUGUGAUAGACUUUGGGUAUUAGACGCUGGAUCUAUUGACAUAAUUGGUGAGGUACUGGACCCACGUAGUUGCAAUGACACCAUCGCUUAUAUUUCUGAUCCAAAUGGCUAUGGGCUCGUAGUAUACUCAUUUGACGCAGAUGAAUCCUGGCGAAUUGAACACAACUAUUUCCACAGCGAUCCUUUGUCAGGACAAUACGAUGUGGGUGGUGUUCAGUUUUUCUGGCCUGAUGGAGUCUUUGGAGUUGCUUUGUCUAAAGUCCAGGAUGAUGGAUUCCGUACUGCUUAUUUCCAACCUGGUGCUAGUAGCAAGCAAUUUAAAGUUUCUACGAGGGUUCUUUCAAAUGCUUCAUAUGCGAACAGUUUCGAUGCAUUCCACGAAUUUAAGCUUAUUGGUGAUAGAGGACCAAAUGCUGAAUGUACCUCAAGCUACAUGGAUGAAGAAUCUGGUGUAGUAUUUUAUGCCGAAAUAAAUAAAUACAGUAUCACAUGCUAUCACAUGCUGGAAUUCUGCAAAACCAUAUAUUGUUCAAAUUUAGGUAUUGUUGAUUACGAUGUAGAAAAGUUAAUAUUUCCAGAUGAGAUAUUUAUUGAUUCUGAGAAAAAUGUGUGGAUACUUUCAAACAAAAUGCCGCAAUUUUUAUAUAAAAAACUGGAUCCUAAUGAAAUCAACUAUCGCAUACUGAAAGUAAAAGUCAAAGAUGCAAUUUCAGGAACUCCUUGUGAGGAAGCAACUACAUAAAAAUAACUCUUCACACUAGCAGAAGUGUAAAAGUUAUCAUAAAUUAUUAUUUGAA